GCCGCUUGGAGGAUACUGCGCACGCGCUCGCGGGCCGAGGCCCCAGUGUGCGUUGCCGCCUCUGCCACCGCGGCGUCCAGUGGAUUUGAGUCUCGUGCUUUCUUCGUUCGCUCGCCGGGGCUUUCGCGCCCCUCUUGCGUCUUUGGGCAGCGAGGCUGGGGAAGGGGUUGGAGGGGGAUUUUGACCGCUGCCUUUAAGUUGUGCUCGGGGCGGCCAUGUCGGCCGGCGAGGUCGAGCGCCUAGUGUCGGAGCUGAGCGGCGGGACCGGAGGGGAUGAGGAGGAAGAGUGGCUCUAUGGCGGCCCAUGGGACGUGCAUGUGCACAGUGAUUUGGCAAAGGACCUAGAUGAAAAUGAAGUUGAAAGGCCAGAAGAAGAAAAUACCAGUGCUAAUAAUCCUCCAUCUGGAACUGAAGAUGAAACUGCUGAAAAUGGCGUGCCUAAACCGAAAGUGACCGAGACUGAAGAUGAUAGUGAUAGUGACAGCGAUGAUGAUGAGGAUGAUGUUCACGUCACUAUCGGAGACAUUAAAACGGGAGCACCACAGUAUGGGAGUUAUGGUACAGCACCUGUAAAUCUUAACAUAAAGACAGGAGGAAGAGUUUACGGAACUACAGGAACAAAAGUCAAAGGGGUAGACCUUGAUGCACCUGGAAGCAUUAAUGGAGUUCCACUCUUGGAAGUAGAUUUGGAUUCUUUUGAAGAUAAACCGUGGCGUAAACCUGGUGCUGAUCUUUCUGAUUAUUUUAAUUAUGGCUUUAAUGAAGAUACAUGGAAAGCUUACUGUGAAAAACAAAAGAGGAUACGAAUGGGACUUGAAGUUAUACCAGUUACCUCGACUACAAAUAAAAUUACGGCCGAAGACUGUACUAUGGAAGUUACACCAGGUGCAGAGAUCCAAGAUGGCAGAUUCAAUCUUUUUAAGGUACAGCAGGGAAGAACUGGAAAUUCAGAGAAGGAAACAGCACUUCCAUCUACAAAGGCUGAGUUUACUUCUCCUCCUUCUUUGUUCAAGACUGGACUCCCACCAAGCAGAAACAGCACCUCUUCUCAGUCUCAGACAAGUACUGCCUCCAGAAAAGCCAAUUCAAGCGUUGGGAAGUGGCAGGAUCGAUAUGGGAGGGCCGAAUCACCUGAUCUAAGGAGAUUGCCUGGGGCAAUUGAUGUUAUUGGUCAGACUAUAACUAUCAGCCGAGUUGAAGGAAGGCGACGGGCAAAUGAAAAUAGCAACAUACAGGUCCUUUCUGAAAGAUCUGCUACUGAAGUAGACAACAACUUUAGCAAACCACCUCCAUUUUUCCCUCCGGGAGCUCCUCCCACUCACCUUCCUCCUCCUCCAUUUCUCCCACCUCCUCCAACUGUCAGCACUGCUCCACCUCUGAUUCCACCACCAGGUAUUCCAAUAACUGUACCACCUCCAGGUUUUCCUCCUCCACCAGGUGCUCCACCUCCAUCUCUUAUACCAACAAUAGAAAGUGGACAUUCCUCUGGUUAUGAUAGUCGUUCUGCACGUGCUUUUCCAUAUGGCAACGUUGCCUUCCCCCACCUUCCUGGUUCCGCUCCUUCGUGGCCUAGUCUUGUGGACACCAGCAAGCAGUGGGACUAUUACUCAAGAAGAGAGAAAGACCGAGAUAGAGACAGAGACCGAGACCGAGAUCGAGAUCGUGAUCGGGACAGAGAAAGAGAGCGCACCAGAGAGAGGGAGAGGGAGCGUGAUCACAGCCCUACACCGAGCGUUUUCAACAGUGAUGAAGAACGUUACAGAUACAGGGAGUACGCAGACAGAAGCUACGAGCGUCACAGAGCAAGCCGAGAGAAAGAAGAACGACAUAGAGAAAGACGGCACAGAGAGAAGGAGGAAACAAGACACAAGUCAUCUCGAAGUAAUAGUAGACGUCGCCAUGAAAGUGAAGAAGGAGACAGUCACAGGAGACACAAGCACAAAAAGUCUAAAAGAAGCAAAGAAGGAAAAGAAGCUGGUAGUGAGCCUGCCCCUGAACAGGAGAGCACUGAAGCUGCACCUGCAGAAUAGGCAUGGUAUAACCUUUUGUGUAUAUUAGUGCCAGAAAUAGAUACUACAAAUCUUGUUUAUUUUUCUGGAUAAUGUUUAAGAAAUUUGCCUUUAAUCUUCUGUUAGUAUAAAAAACUUUUUUCCGAAAUAAAAGAGUGAAUUUUUCAUGUUAAGUUAAAAAUCUUUGUUUUGUAAUAUUUAAAAAAUAGUACAGCAAUGACUUUAUAUCCAAGAAGGUAAUGUAAAUGGGUCACUGAGCCGGGAAUUUAAAGAGCUGUGUUUAGCUGUGUAUAUACCAGUAUCUAAUGAAGGUGAAGGUUCCACCUUGGCCAUAGUUUUCUUGAGUUAAUCAAAUACUAGUCUCUCAAGAAGUUUCACUGCAAAAGGCAUCCAAGGGCACAUGCUGAGUCUUGAGAUUAAGACUAGUCUUUUAUCAUUACUUCUGUGGCACUGUUGCUUAGCAUGUUAAAGAACUCACGCAGUUUUGGUAUCAUUAACUUUUUGAUAGCAGGUAUUCAGUGUUCUAAAUCUGGGUUCAUGGUGAAAUUAAACAGGGAACUUUUAUAUCCAAAAUAAUAAAAUCUAAUGGUAUUUGGCCAGCCUCUGUGAAAUAACUUAAGUACAGUUUCUAACAGGCACAUGGACACCCGUCACUGAUACAGACUGAAUUCCCUCCUGGCCAUCUGUGUGAGCCAGGGUCAAGCUGGUUUGGCCUUUCUUGAUGCUUUUCCCAAGGAUCAUUGGUUGAGCAGUGUGAUGAUUUUUUUUAUAGUUACUAUAUUGUGAAACGUGACAGGAGCUUUAGUUAUUUCCUAUUUAAGAAAAAACAAGUUUAUAAUUCUGUGAGCAUUUUCAGGAUUAACCCUUAGAAAGUAUUUGUCAGUGAUGGUAACAACAUGGUUCUGAAAGAAUUACUAGGAUCUUUUAGACAGUGGUACAGAAAUGAAUUUAGUAUCACAUAAUGACACCUAUAAUUUUUUAAAAUAUUUAUUUCUCAUUUGACGAAAGGAACAUUUUUCGGCCAUACAUUUUUAAAAUCCUCUGGGUGUAAAUUGUUUUAAAAAACCCAUAAUGUAUCUUUGCAGACCUCAGCAUAUACCAGAUUUUUAAUUUAGUUGUAUGAUUCGAAUUCAUUGGGGGCAUACAGAUCAUUUCAGCUGUUUAAGAGCUUUUUAUUAAAUAGAAAAAUAUAAAGUUGAGUGAUGCAAAAUCCUCCACACUGAAUAAAAACUAUUAGUAAUCUUAUGUUUGGAGAAGUAUAUUUUCUGAGGUGUAAUUUGGCUUCCAUUAGAUCAUAC